GGAUCCGAGCACUGGCCGGCGUCCGGGCACUCUCGCGGCCAGAUGGCGGACCCCCGCCCAGAUCCUGAAUCAGAGCCUGAAUCCGUGUUCCCACGGGAGGUCGGACUCUUCGCCGACUCUUACUCGGAGAAGAGCCGGUUCUACUUCUGUGGGCACGUGCUGAGCAUCACGGAGAACUUCGGGUCCCGCCUCGGGGUGGCAGCGCACGUGUGGGACGCGGCUCUAAGCCUGUGCAACUAUUUCGAGAGUCAGAAUGUGGAUUUCCGAGGCAAGAAAGUGAUCGAACUGGGCGCUGGGACGGGCAUCGUGGGUAUCUUGGCAGCGCUGCAGGGGGGUGAUGUUACCAUCACUGACCUGCCCCUGGUCCUAGAACAGAUCCAGGGCAACGUCCAGGCCAAUGUGCCGGCUGGAGGCCGGGCCCAGGUCCGCGCCUUGUCCUGGGGGAUUGACCAGCAUGUCUUCCCUGGAGACUAUGACCUGGUGCUGGGGGCUGAUAUCGUGUAUCUGGAGCCCACCUUCCCACUGCUGCUGGGGACCCUCCAACACCUGUGCGGGCCCCAUGGCACCAUCUAUCUGGCUUCCAAGAUGAGAGAGGAGCACGGGACAGAGAGCUUCUUUCAGCACCUCCUGCCCCAGCAUUUCCAACUGGAGCUGGCCCAGCGGGAUGAGAAUGAGAAUGUUAACAUCUAUAGGGCCAGGCACAGGGGACCAAGACCUGCUUGAUGUCACCCAUCUGCUCCUCUGAACACCUUGUUCUAAUGAAGGAACUGCCAUAUGUCCAGAGCUAUAAACAUAAGGACCAAAAACGAUGGAUUUCCCUUGCCGCUGUCUUUCCUCCUUCGCUUUUUGUCUCCUGAGAUACUCUUGGGCAGGUGCAGGGAGGUGCUACGUGCUAGGCAUACUAGAGCCCUAGCUGUACUGGGCUAGAGUGCAAAGGAAAUUCCCAGUUCCUGUUCUCAGCAGAAGAAGAUGGGAGGGUAUCCAGGAUUUUAGGGGAAGGGGAGGUAAGUGGGAUGUGUGAACAGUGGCUGCAGAGAGACAGUCAUGAUCCUGUCUAGUCCUGCUGUUGUCUUUUUAUACAGAAUGGAUGAUUUUUUUUCCAGAUUCUACUGGAAUUUUUUAAAAAGGAAAAUAAAUAAGCAUUGAAGAUCUCUUCUGCAUCCAGAGAACUCGGGCUUUUACUGGGGGGCUGGGAAGCAAGAAACCUCUGACCACCCACUUCUUGCUUCUAGAGAUAGUCUGGUGGAACCAUGGCUCUAACUGGGUCAAGUCCUCCCAGCCCUGAAGUUGGGGAUAGGCAGCAGAGCUGUCCUUUGGACCUUAGCUCCUUCACUCUUUUUGGAGUUGCAGCCCUGAUCACUAAGUACCAGGUUCUCUUUGAUUUUUCUUUAGGUUUCCAGUCCCUGUCAGUCCUUCCUUCCUAAUGUGUUUUGCCUUCACCUCUUUUCUCCUCCCACUGUGGGGCCUCUGAUGGGGGCUCUCCUGCCUUACUCCUUGGGCCACACAUCACCUCCUGGGGCCUCCUGGCCUCCAUUCACUCCCCUUCAAACCAUUUUGUAAACUCUGGUGAUCUUCCAAAAUCAGCUCUGAUUAGCUUCUGCUGCUGCCCAACAGAAGCAAGAAUAAGCUCUUCUGCUUGGUACUCAGUGUGUCCCGUGUGAUCCCAAAUUAUCCUUCUACUUCAUUUCCUACUGGCUUCCUACAUGUAUUGCAACCUCUGGCCAAAUUACAAAAGGUCUACUCUUUGUUCCCUAAAUCCACACCAAGAUUCCCUGCCUUCUUCCUUCAUUCUUUUUGGUGAUUCCCUGCCUGGAAGGGCUAUUUCUACCUCUCAAAAUCUUCAUUACCCUUAGCUUCUCUCCUGAAAAAAGCUUUUCGUGAGCCUCCUGUUUGAAUAUGAUUUCUUUCUCCCUUGAGACGCUUUAACUAACUGUUCGUCUUGUGAGGCUUACCUUGUCUUGUGUGAUCAUUUGUCUGCUCCCUGUUUUCUCACCAUUAGAUUACCUUGGAGGGCAGGGCUAUGGUUCCUGGCACACAGUUGGUGUUCAUCAAAUAUUUUUGUUCAUUCAACAAAUAUUUACUCCUCCUCCCUGUGUGACCUUGGCCAAACUUCUGAACCCACCCAACUACCUCACAAGUUUGUCAUGAGUCAUAAAUGGAUAAUGAAUAUGAAAGUACAUUGGAAAUAAACAUGAAGUGUUACCACG